AUGGAAGUCAUUGGUAGCCUUACCGACGAAGCCCUAUGUUCACGCAUCCUAGAUUUCUAUUUUCACGUCCCGUUUUCAAAUCAGGAGUCACUGCCGCCCGAAUUAACAUACAUAGAUUGUCGGAACAGUUUCCCUAUUGCAACCUUCCAGAAAAGCGUAAAGGAGGCUCACGUGCCGGCAACAAACCUUCCUACACUUUUCGAUAGUAUCAGAAUCACUCUUUGCUUGAAUCUCGCUGAACUCAGCACCGCGGUUAGAAAAGUCUACCAAUCUCUAGCAGCUGCCCGCGUGACAGCAAAACCGCCGCGGACUCUUGUAAUUAUCUCGGGUCUCGAUGUAAUGUACAGGUCAGCACUACUGCAAGACCAUAAACUGGCACACCGCCAAUUGCAUGAUAUACUGCUGCUCUUACGAAUGAUGACCAAUAUUCAGGACCGUAUUACUGUAACCGUUAUGCUACCCUUUUCCGAGUUUCCCAAAGCGCACGCGGUUACAAUGGAAGCCUUAGCCAGCGAAGCCGCAAUUAACCCCUCUAGGUCCCACCCCAACAAGAAAACUAAACCCAGUUGGCAUGGCCAUGGCAACCUACUUGGCGAUUAUAUAAUCAAAUAUUUCUGUCCCUCUAUACGAAAAAAUAACCCAUGA